UACCUGAAUGCUCUUGUUUUUGCUCAUGAAGUUGCUGCUAAUGGAGAGAGGAUAACCAUCUUUAUGUUUUGAUUUCAUGAAUUGCGACAAGUUCAAUCACGCCAAAGUGAGUGAACGGCGUGCAUCUUUGACAGUACAUACUUACUUAGUGAGUGUGCAUCACUUCCUUAAGAUGCAGCCUGCAAUUUAUUAAAAAAACUUUGAGAGUAAAAGCCGCACCCUGGCAGCUUCCUCUUUUGGUGACUCUUGCAGUGCUGUUUCUUUUAGAUUAAAGAGAAAAGGGAGCUCUGCAUUCUAGAAAAAGUGAACUGAUUUGUUUUAGAAAAUCUGAGCCUGGUCGUGUGUACAGUCUGGACCGAGUGAAGAGAGUUUUCUUUCUGUAACAGCAGUUUGAAGAGUAGGGCUCUAACAUGUUGGGCAGGGGAACGUUGCUUUUGGACACACUGUUAUUCUCAUUUUUCUACAGCCAAGUUUCCCUGGGUGAUGUCAAACUGUUGGAUUCUACCUCACCUGUUAUUGACGACCGGUAUGAUGGAUGUCGUAAAGAAGCCAUGGAGAAGUUUACUCCUGAUCUAUUAAAAGAAGAGCUUGGCAAAAGUGAGAAAUUGCAGAAAGCCUGGAGAACAUGGGAAGAGUGGAGAGCAAGGAGUAACUGUACCUCACAGAUCCCUGGUGGUACUGAAGACCACACUUCUGCCCUCUCUGUCUAUCACUUCGGAGAUGCAGAGUUUUUAGAGGAGCUGAACAAUGCAGUGGAGACAAUGAUGGUGAAUGUUACCACGUAUGAAAAGGACUUCCAUUUCAAGGCUCUUCAUUUCCUGCUGAUGGAUUCCAUGAUGUUGCUGAAGCCAAAGGAGUGCAGAGAGGUAUAUGCCACCCUGAAAGCUGGAGAAAAAGUACCAGAAAUAAACUCCAAAGUGAGAUUAGCAAGUUUCACAGCAGUCGACUCAGAUUUAAGCUUUACAGAUUUGUACGACAUAACUAUUUUUAAAAUAAAAACUUGCUUCUAUGUCAACCUGGAUGACCAACUUUGUCUGAGAAAUCUUGGUGAAACACUCCUAUCUCCAGCUGAAGUCUUCACUGUGAAGAGUAUAAAUAAAAAGUCUGCAGACGAUGAAGAGUACACAGAAGUUGUUCUGAGCCAAUCUAGUCUGGAAAGCAACCACAACUGUAUCAUCUUUUCAAGGUCUGCAGCUGAGAUCUCCACUCUGUCAUUUCUUUCUGUGCUUCUGUUUGUAACUUUGUUUUUGAUGUAUCUUUAGAACAAAUAAUCACUCAGUCAGAAAUAUGCUAGCUGAGUGAAAUAUGCUCUUUCCUUCUACUGCAUGCCAUGAACAAAAAGGAAAAGUCACCAUAAAUCUGUAAACAUCCCCAGCAUGAAUAUGUUACAACAGUGAUCACAAUCCGAUGACCUGACCCAUCCCAUGUUGUAAAAUUUUAAUAUGUCUUGAUCUAUCUUUCUGUUUUUAUUUCUGCUAAGAGUGUAUGAUGUUCAAAUGUAAUAAAGUAAUCAAUGAGCUAAAACUGUUCUCAUUUGUUUGGAAACUAAAAUAAGUAUUCCACAGACUAAAGUGUUCCUUUUUUUUUGUUUAAUUUUCCAAAGACUAGUAAAUCUGAAAUGUUUUCACCUAAUA